CUCAGGCAAGCAGCUUACUUCACUUGCUUGUUUGCUACAGUUUCCUGUGGAUGCUUGACUCAACUAUAUAGCAACACCUUCUUCAGAGGCGGGGAUGUAUCUGCCAUGUACACCCCAGAUGCCCAAUACUGUCAGAUGAUGUGCACCUUCCAUCCGAGGUGCUUGCUAUUUAGCUUUCUUCCUGAAAAUUCAACCAGUCACGCAGACAAAAGGUUUGGUUGCUUCUUGAAGGACAGUGUGACAGGAACCCUGCCGAGAGUGUCACGGACAGGUGCAAUUUCGGGACAUUCCCUAAAGCGAUGUGGUCAUCAAAUUAGUGCUUGCCACCGAAGCAUUUAUAAAGGAAUUGAUAUGAGAGGAGUCAAUUUCAAUGUAUCUAAGGUGAAAAGUGCUGAAGAAUGCCAAGAAAGGUGCACCAACAACAUUCACUGCCAGUUUUUCACAUAUGCCACAAAAACCUUCUUCAAUGCAGAGUACCGGAACAACUGCCUAUUAAAACACAGCCCACAGGGGACACCUACGAGUAUAAAGGUGCUGACUGACGUGGAGUCUGGAUUCUCACUGAAGGCGUGUGGAAACUCGAAAAUUGGCUGCCGCAUGGAUAUUUUCCAACAUCGUGCAUUUUCAGAUGUGAAUGUUGCCAGAAUUAUCGCACCAGAUGCUUUUGUGUGUCGAACCAUCUGUACCUAUCACCCCGGCUGCCUUUUCUUCACAUUCUAUACAAAUGCAUGGAAGAAUGACUCACAGAGAAAUGUUUGUUUCCUUAAGACUUCCCAAAGUGGGAGCCCAAGUUCCCCUACUCCUCAGGAAAAUGCCAUCUCUGGAUACAGCCUUCUAACCUGCAAACAAACUCUGCCUGAGCCCUGCCACUCCAAAAUUUACCCGCAAGUUGCUUUUGAAGGAGAAGAGCUGCAUGUGACCUUCGUUAAAGGAGUGGAUGAUUGCCAAGAGACUUGUACAAAGAUGAUUCGCUGUCAGUUUUUUACUUAUUCUUUAUUCCCAGAAGACUGUAGAGGAGAAAAGUGUAAGUGCUCCUUACGCUUGUCUUUGGAUGGCUCCCCAACUAACAUUACUUAUGGGACACAAGCAAGCUCUGGUUAUUCUCUGAGGCUGUGUAAACGUGGGGACAGCCGUGUCUGUACAGCAAAAAGGACACGCAUUGUUGGAGGAACAGAUGCUUCUUGGGGGGAGUGGCCCUGGCAGGUCAGCCUGCAAGUGAAGCUGAGAGCUCAGAGCCACCUGUGCGGAGGGUCAAUCAUUGGACGCCAAUGGGUCUUAACUGCUGCCCAUUGCUUCGAUGGGCUUCUCUUGUCAAAUAUUUGGCGCAUUUAUGGUGGCAUUUUAAAUCUGUCAGAGAUAACGACAGAGACAUCUUUCUCACAAGUCAAAGAGAUCAUUGUCCACCCAAAUUAUAAAGUCUCAGAAGGCAGUCAUGACAUUGCCAUAAUAAAACUUGAGGCUCCUUUGAAUUUUACUGAUUUGCAAAAAGCAAUAUGCCUACCUUCCAAAGAUGAUACAAAACCUGUUUACACUGACUGUUGGAUAACUGGAUGGGGCUUCACAGAGGAAAAAGGGUGA